AGUGAAAUUCAUACUAAUGCCACAAUGUUUAAGUGAGCUACUGUUAACUACGACAUUUACGUGCUUGUUUUUCACCGCUGCCAUCAAGUCAACUGAGCAAAACUUAGCAUGUUAGCGUCGAGGCUAACGAGUUAGCCGCAGAGCUAAAGCAGUUCGGUUUGACUCUUGAUGCUUUCUGUUAAACUGAGCAUUGCCCCAAAAACCACGGUCGUUCCUUCAAACUGUAAUAUGGAAGAAGUGGAGAGUUCCAGUCAACACCCGCAUGGGCAGCCUGUGGCCUGAGGGCCACUCCUCUACCCUUCUUUGUGUUGGUGGAUCUCCAGGCCCGGAGGGUCUGAUUGCGUCCGGUGCUGAGUGUGGAGAGGUGACAUUGUGGACUCAAGAGGGAGCCAUCGUCGGCCGUCUCGUUCUCCCUGGACAGGAGGACAUUACCAGUGCAGCGUUUUCACCUGCAGAUUGUGCCCGCCUUUAUGUGUCGCAUGGAGACACGGUGAGCGUGUUGGACCCUAGGAACCUGAAAGGCCCGGUGGAGAAUUUUCAGGGUGCAGGAGAGGAGGAGAUUAAUGCUUUAGCUCUGAAUGAGACUGGUUCAGCCGUGGCUGUGGCGGAUGACUCCGGGGCGGUGAGGAUACUUGAGAUUCCAGGGGGGAGAGUUUGCCGGAGUCUCCGCAGACACACCAACAUCUGUUCGUCUGUGGCUUUCCGACCGCACAGACCCAAUAACCUCGUUUCUGUCGGACUGGACAUGCAGGUGAUUCUGUGGGGUCUUCAGAAGACCCGCCCACUGUGGACCCUCAACCUCCAGGACAUGGCAGAAGAAGAGGACGCCCAUCAGCAGCGCCCAGGUCAGCUUUUCAACCCUCCUCUGGCUCACUGUGUUUCUGUGUCGAGCUGCGGAAACAUUUUGGGCUGCGCUGCAGAGGAUGGCCGGGUCCAUCUGAUGCGGAUUGGCAGCGGCUCUAAACUGGAACAGCAUGGAGCCAUAAAGGCACACACUCAGGGAGCCUCACAGGUCCAUUUCAUUAGUUUCUUCUCCCACCCUUACUGGAUGGUCACAGGCGGGAACGACGGCCAGGUGGCCCUUUGGGACCUCGGUAAGCACCCGGUGGUAGCUCCAGAGGGAAAAACAGGAAAGACGCAAGCGACAGCAUCUCAGCGCCGGAAAGGUAAGAGCAGCGGCAGGAGAAGAGAGCAGGCUCAGGAUAAAUCAAAGAAGAAGGCAGAGAGGGAGGAGGCUGAAGAGGACGACGAUGAAGCAGCUGCAAAGGAGCAGGAGGAGUCGAUGGAGGAGGAGAAGUCUGGACCCAAAAUGAGCAUCAGUCACGGGGACAAAGUGAACGGGCUGUGCCCUGCUUUGCUGAAAGGAGAACCGAGCAUAAUAGUUGCAGAUCAAAGCACCAAUCUGACCGUCUACCCUUUGUCUCAGCUUUAGAUUCAUGUUUUAUUUUCCAAUUUUUUGUUUGACCCCAGAGAGCUUUAUUUGUUUCAGAUGAGGACUGUUUGGCUCGACUUCAUUAAAACCGCGGAUAUUAAAAACCCCAACAUUUUGAUGUCUUCAGAUAGUGUUUAACUAUAUGCGCUGUACUUUUCUGCAUGUGUGUGGGCUUCUGUCACUCUUUGAAAUAAACUUUGACAUAAAUGUC